AUGGAGUCUAUUCCUAUGCUUCAUCCAGGCCAAAGGUUUUGCCCCAUGGAAGAUGAGCUACUCAUGUUCUACCUCAAGCCUAAGGUGAACGGGAUGGCAGUUCCCCGCAACGAAAGCCUUAUCCCAGAGUUGGAUCUUUACGGCGACCGAGAUCCUUGGAAGAUAUGGGAAAGAUUUGAAGCAAGAAGAGCGAACGACUUGAGGAGGAACAAAGAUCUUUACUUCUUCACCCAGAAGAAGAAGAAGACGGCAAGAAGCUCUAGGGCAAGCCGAACAGUGGGGAAAGGUGGUACCUGGAAAGGCCAAAACGCAGCCAAGGAGGUGUAUCUUGUUGAUCAGAAUCAGCAGCCAACAUCUACUCUUCUUGGCUUCAAGAAGAUCUAUACCUACAAGAACAAAGGCUCUAAACAUCAUGGCCGGUGGAUCAUGAAGAACGACGUGCUUCCGGAAAAGAGGAGAAGAAGGCAAGAAGAAGAUGAGAUUCUUGAUAAAGAGUAUGUCGAGAUCGACGAAGAUGCAGGCCUGAAGAAGCGACGUCAACGUCCUGAUGUGCCAACAUCGUCAUUGGAAACUGAACAAGAACUGCUUGCGGUAAGCGACCAACAAGAAAGUGAACCACUUUUGGCGAUGGAUGAGAAUAUGGGAUUGCCAAUACCGCUGAUAUUGGAUGAGGCUGAACUACAAGAAUUGUUCAACGAAGUGUUCUUGCAGCCAGGACCUCCAUUAGAAGCUGAAGCCUCAUGGGAAAUCGAUUCUAAAUGA